CACUAUCGCAUGCGCAGAUUAGAGUUACGUGGCAAGCCGCUGCACGCUGAGUAUCAAACCGGCAAAACAGUGUUGAUUUUCAGUCAUCAUGGAUCCUAUUGAAAUGUUAUCGUUACUUGUGAUUUGCCUACUUUCCUUCACACAAAUUCAGGGAUAUUUCAUUCACAUAGAUGCUCAUGCCGAAGAAUGCUUCUUCGAUAAAGUCACGUCAGGAACCAAGAUGAGCCUUAUGUUCGAAGUGGCAGAAGGAGGCUUCCUGGACAUUGACGUCAAGAUAUAUGGACCAGAGGGUAAAGUGAUCCACUCAGGAGACCGUGAGUCCAAUGGCAAAUACACAUUUGCUGCCCACAUGGAUGGUGUCUAUAAAUACUGCUUCAGCAACAAGAUGUCCACCAUGACGCCGAAGAUUGUUAUGUUUACUAUGGAUAUUGGAGAAAAACCCAAAGAUCAAGACAAUAUGGAAACAGAUGCUCACCACAACAAGCUGGCAGAGAUGAUUAAUGAGCUUUCCACAGCUCUGACUGGCGUGAAACACGAACAGGAAUAUAUGGAAGUCAGAGAGAGAAUCCAUAGAGCUAUCAACGACAACACUAACUCCCGUGUGGUGCUAUGGUCAUUCUUCGAGGCUCUGGUGCUGGUUGCGAUGACACUAGGACAGGUCUACUAUCUUAAGAGAUUCUUUGAAGUGCGACGUGUGGUGUAAGAGCCCAGAGACAAGGAUGGAUCUCAUUCUCAUUGUAUACAAUCAUCAUCACCAUCACAUCCCUCACGUCAUUAAUCCAACCCUUAAUCCAAUUGAGCUCAUUGUCAUGCACCUCUUGUACACCACCACAGCUGGCACAUUGGUUUUGAAUGGAGACUUCCUUAAUGAAGAAAAGAGGUUUUAGUGUAAUAAUUAUGUUCCAACAUUUGUAGACGACAGUAUUGUGGGAAAUCAAACUUGUACAAGCAUCAUGAACGACUGUGUUAAAUUAGUUUAUUUCCUAUGUUAAAUCUGAAUAGAUGGUGAAAGUUUGUAAUUGAAAUGUAUGUUAUUUAUUUUGUUUUUGAGCCAAUAAACUCAAGGAAGUUCAAUAUAUUA